AUGGAUGACAGAGUUGACAUCGAAAAUCUCAAUCUUCCAAUUUCAAAUAUUCUAGGUGGAUUUUAAUCAGAUAUUAAAUCCAAAUGUUCUUUGACAGAAUAAGAAUUAAGAGAAAUUUAGGAUGAAUUAUACGAGUUCGUUCCAAUUGAUGACGAAGAAUUAGAAGAAGAAUUAUCUGAUGAUAAUGAUGAUGGAGAAGAAGAAGAUGAUGAAGAAGAAUGUGAAGAUAAUGAAGAUUAAUAAAAUAAUGAAGAAGUAGAAGAAGAAAUUGAAUAAUAGAAUUAAGAAAAUUUAGAUAACGAUAACAGCAAUAAUCAAAAUUAUGAGCAUGAAAGCAGUAAGAGUUAAGUAAAUCACUAAGAAUUUCGCACUCACUCAUAGACACUAAAUCAAAACUCUUGCGAAGAGAGCAAUUUUUUGAAAAGUUAUGAAAGUUCAAGUGAAGAGCAGAAUGAUGAAUUCAAAAACACUUAACUUAGUAGUACUAACCAAUUAAGUAUUACCUAACAAUCAAUUAAUUCGUAACGUAAAACUGAUAUUUCCAGCUAAAAUAUAUCUGAAAAAUAGCUGGAGUGUAAAAAGAAAAAGAAAAUAUCUAAAUAAAAGAAAAGCAAGGAUGCAGGAGUAAAAUAAACCAAAGUUUCAUAUGUGGAUAUUUAUAGAAAAAGGGAGUCAAGUUAAAAGUGCAGUAUGAAAUUGAAAGUUCCUUAUACUAUGCCUUAGAGUGCUUAGUCCUACUUUUUAAUGGGAGAUGUCUUAAUUGAAAUGGAUUUCUCAUCAAUUAACAAUAAUGAUAAUUUAGAUUGUAUAAUUAAUUUAUAUAAGCCUGUUCAAAGAGUUGUAUAUAAUAAAAAAACAAGAUGCUUGUCAAUGUUCCAAGCUUCAAGCAAUGAGUUUUUGGUUGACUUUAACUUUCUUUCAAAGCUUCUUAUCGAAUAUCCUGAUCAAAAUAUCCAUUUAGUUGGAAAAUUAAUAGAGAAGUACUAAGAGAUCACAAAACUCAUUCAUUUAUAAAUAAAAAAUGCAAGGACACUAACUGGAUUUUCUCAGGAUCUUAUAGCGAAACGUAGGGCAUAUUUUGAUGAACAAGUGAAUCUCUUUUUAGAAAAAAUUGAUGAGCAUUAAAUGUACUUUGUACAAAAGUUUCAAACUAAUUAUGUUACUUCUACGUUUGAGGCUUAUGAAGUUGGUUAUAGCAGACAAUUUUUAGCGCUUCUAGGCACAGAUGAAUAAACAAUCACUAAUAUAAUUUUUCGUCAAGGAAAACCUGAAUUGUACAAUUUUGAAUCUCGUCUUAAAAUGAUGCUUGUUCGCAUGCUAUCGAUUGUGUAAGGUAGGUUUAAGGGAGCUCAAUCAGAUUUUGAAAUCUAUACUUUGGAUAAUAUUCGUGUUUACUCAAAAUUAAAGAUUUUACCAGUAUGUAUUGAAUACCCUCCUCAUUUAAGACUACCAAUUGAUAAUUAUAAUGAAAUAAGUUGUAUGGCGUUUGGCUUAAUAGAUGUAGAACCAAACAUGAUAUAGCAAAUCAUAACGUUACGUAAAUAAGAUAAAUAUCACUCUCACUUAAAAUCUUUAGUCUAAGAGCUAAAUUAUACAAAACAAAGUGAGGAGUUUUUGGAAAAAUACUAUGAAAAAAGUAAAAAUAAAUAUUUGAAAGACCGCUAAAAUUUAUAAAAGCGCAAGUAAAUAACGAAAGAUAAUGAGUAAAUUCUCAUAGGUCACUAGCAAAUGCAAAUAGAAUACAAUUAAGAUUAAUAAAAAUAGUAAAAUAAUAAUAAUUAAUCUUAAUGUGAUAAUUAGAUCAAUUAAAACUAUAAUCAGUAUGAGGAAAAAUCCUAUUUUAAUUAAGGUUAUUUUAGCAAUGACUUUUUAGGCUAAUCUAUUUACGAAGAUAACAGUUAAUUUAAGUAUAUAAAUUCAGAAUACAUAGAUUAGAAUAGUAAUUAGAUUUAAAACAAAUGCGAAUUAGAGUCAGAGCUUAUUAGAUAAAAUCAUUUCUAUCAUAUAGAUGACAGCUAUAUAGCUCAAGAUGUUCAUCUUGCCAGAGGAGAUUAAGGCCAUGUUUAGCUAGUUUAAUCAUAUCCUGAACCUGCUGUAUCUUCUAAUUAACCUUUGAAUUCAUCUUUCAUUUCCCCUGCAACUAACCUUAAAAACGUAUUUGCUAAGAGUCAUAGAAUUAUUUAAUUCAAUGAUAAUGGUAAUCAUAAAUAACUUGACUCUAUUUAAUUUGAAUUCAAAAUUGUUUGA